AUGUGUCAGCUCAGUCUAAUUACAGCCUCCUCCUCCAGGCUGGUGUGUUACUACAACAGCGAGGCUGACAAAAGAGGAGGAGAUGGGAAGUUCACCAUUUCAAAUAUCGAUCCAAACAAGUGUACACAUCUGAUAUAUGCCUUUUCUGACAUUAACAACUUAAAUGAGCUGGUGCCCAGCAAUGCAUCUGACUUACAACGAUAUGCGUUAUUCAAUGAACUCAAAGACAGAAAUCCAGAGCUCAAAACCCUGUUGGCGGUUGGAGGCAUGACCUUCAACAUACAGAAAUUCAGUACAAUGGCCGCAGAUCAACAGACUAGAACCACGUUCAUCCAGUCUGUGAUCCAACUACUGAGAGACAAUGGAUUUGAUGGGCUGAACCUUGACUGGAGGUACCCUGGAGGAGCUGGAAGCCAACCUCAGGACAAGCAGAGAUUCACACUGCUGUGCCAGGAGCUCAAAGAGGCCUUUCUGGCUGAAGGAACAUCAACUAACCGUGACAGAUUAAUCAUCACUGCUAGUGUCUCUGCUGAGAAAGCAAUCAUCGAUGCCAGUUAUGAAGUCACAGAGAUUGCAGAGCAUCUGGAUUUCAUUAAUGUGUUGACGUUUGACUUUCACGGCCCCUGGGAAAGUGUCACAGGACAUCACAGCCCCUUAUUUCAGAGAGACCAAGACACUGGAAACGAAACCUACUUGAACACUGACUUUGCCAUGCGUUACUGGCAGACCGAGGGAGGACCUUCACAAAAGCUAAACAUGGGGUUAGCGGUAUAUGGCCGUGCUUUUGAGCUGUCCAGUGCAUCCAGUGCUCCUGGUGCACCAGCCAGUGGUCCUGGGGAAGAAGGCUGCUACACCGGUGAAGAAGGAUUCUGGGCCUCUUAUGAGACUUGCCUUUAUAUUGAAGGGGUUGCUACCCAGCUGAUUGAUGAUCAGAAAGUUCCAUAUGCCGUCACAGAAAAUCAGUGGGUUGGAUUUGACAACAUAGACAGCCUUGAUACUAAGGUCAAUUACCUAAAAAAUAAUAACUUUGGAGGAGCCUUCGUCUGGUCUCUGGACCUGGAUGACACCACAGGACAGUUCUGUAAAAUGGGCCAAUGCCCUUUCAUCAGCCACCUGCAUACCCUCCUGGUUCCAGCUCCGUUAUUUAGCCAGUCUGUGCCGCCCACCAGCUGCUCAAAGCUGGCGGGAGGAGAGCUCCGUUAA